UUGACUGACAGUUCUGGGUAAGUAGGCUGUGGAAAAGAGACACCUCUUCAGUCUGUUCACUGAGCUGCAGAGUUUUGAGCUUCAGCUGGGAUCUUACUCUCCAGUGUGUUUGCCAAGAGAAAUAUUCUCUCAGCAUGGCUCGUAGGCUGGAGUUAAAUCAUGAACUUUCUAAACUUUUCAAUGAACUAUGGGAUGCAGAUGUUCACCGCUUUGUGCCUGGGAAAGAUUAUACAAUUGACUUACAGGAAAAAGCAGGCUUUGUACAGCAGGGUAGCAGUGUUGCAAGGGACAAUGCAUCUGAGCCGCUGUUUCGCUAUGUAAAUGAAGAGCGUCUGAAGAGCAUAAAUACUUUUGCAGCUUUUGUUUCCCUAUUGGACAACUAUGAAACAUCAACUGGUGUAGCAGAAGUUGUGACCCCACAAGAAAUGGCUGAAAACAAUCGUUUUCUUGAUGCUAUCUUAGAAACAGAAGUAAUGAAACUUACUCAUCAAUAUUUAAUUAGAAAGAAUUGGUCAAAACCCAGUCUUAACGAUUUCAAGUCUCAGCUCUAUAACAUCUGGUUUCAGCUAUACACCAGGGAAAUAGGAAAGGGGCCUGAUUCCUGUGGAUUCGAACAUGUGUUUGUCGGAGAAACAAAACAUGGAAAAGAGAUUCUGGGUUUGCAUAACUGGGUACAAUUUUACCUUCAGGAAAAGCAUAAACAAGUUGACUACAAAGGCUAUAUUGCCAGGAGGAAAAAGAGCAGGCCUGAUGAAGAUGAUCAAGUUCUGAGCCUACAGUUCAGCUGGAAAGGUCUAGUAAAACCUGUGGGAAGCACCUUUAUUGGAGUCAGCCCUGAGUUUGAAUUUGCCCUCUAUACGAUCAUUUUUCUACAGUCUCAGGAAAAGGUCACUCGUGAGAUGGUGCGGAUAGAGGAGUAUGAACUACAGAUAGUUGUGUAUCGCCAUGGUAAAUACAUUGGAACAGCGUAUCCUGUCCUCCUUAGCAGCAACAAUGAAGAUUUGUAUUGAAAAGGAUUAAGCUAACCUGAUUUUCUUUUUGAGUUUAACUGUAGUUUUGUAUAAUCUUAAAUGUCAUGUUUGGAAUAAUUUCCUUUUGUUCUGUAUUAAGAUACUUAACCUAAGAUGUGCCUUUUAAAGAAACGUUCAGUGCCUGUCCAGGCUUUGAAAUCCUUUUUAUCACUGUAACCAAGGAUGAAAGAAAUUGUAUUAAAGUGCCUUCAUAAAUCAUAAAUCUGUACUUUAA